GGGGGCGGGGGCGCCAACGGCCGCCGAGGGAGGGCAGCGCGGGCCUGUCAUGGCGCACAAACAGAUCUACUACUCCGACAAGUACGAUGAUGAGGAGUUUGAGUACCGGCACGUGAUGCUGCCCAAGGACAUCGCCAAACUGGUGCCCAAGACCCACCUGCUGUCGGAGUCGGAGUGGCGGAACCUGGGGGUGCAGCAGAGCCAGGGCUGGGUCCACUACAUGAUCCACGAGCCAGGUGAGCCCUGCGAGGGAGCGGGUGGCGCCCAGCGGGCCCGGCCUGAUCCCCUCUUUUGCCCCGCAGAGCCCCACAUCCUACUCUUCCGACGGCCAUUGCCCAAGAAGCCAGAAAAGUGAGCGGCCCCUGGUGUGCCGAAGCCCCCAUUCCUUCCACACUGAGCAAGCACCUUCCUCUUCCUCCGCGUUUCUCGGGAGCUUCACCCCCUGACCCUCGAUCUGCGUGGGCGCCGUUUUGGCGCCUCGGCCUUGGUUCCGGAGGCCCUUCCCGUUGCGUUGCCUCCAAAGCUUCAAUAAAGUUGUGUUUGGGAACUGUGUGCCUGCAGUGC